UUGAAGCCUUCUCACAGUUGCCCAAUUCCUAUUGCUUCGGAUCGUCUCUUUCGUCUAUCUCUGCGAAUUCCUUCUCUCUCUCAAAGUCCCUCUCCACAUCCCUGCCACACAGACCAAAAGCCUGCCAAAGACUUCUCAGCGUUUGAAUUAGAAAUGGCAUCGGCAUCGUUUCGGUGGAUUUUACAGCUACACAAGGACGUGCCAAAAGCAGCUCGUUUCUACUCCGAAGGAUUGGAUUUCACUGUCAAUGUGUGUACUCUUCGCUGGGCAGAACUUCAAUCCGACUCUCUUAAGCUCGCCUUCAUGCAGUCUACCAAUGACCACAUUGUGCAGAAGGGAUAUUCUUCUAUGCUAUCAUUUACAGUGACUGAUAUUAAUAAUACUGUGUCAAAACUGCUGGCUUUAGGUGCUGAACUUGAUGGACCGAUCAAAUAUGAAAUCCAUGGAAAGGUUGCAGCCUUGCGAUGUAUUGAUGGUCAUGUUUUGGGUCUCUAUGAACCUGCAUAGUUGUUAGGCGAUAAGGAAGCUUUUCCUUUCUUUUUAAAUUCUAUUGAUGAUUGAUAUCGACCGCUGAAACUAUGAUCAAUAUAGCAAAAGCAUACGUGGAGGAAAAGGGUUCAAAUUGUUUUCUGGAGUACCUGUCAUGUAAGUUGUGUAUCUUUGUUGUUCAUGUCACUAAGUGACAGGAAAUUAUAGUUUGAUCCUUUUGGUAGCACAGUUGCUCUUUCUUCUUGCUUGUUUUUUGAAGUUGUCAUGUUGUGUACUGUGAAAUUAUAACUGUGUAAUGUGAAAUGAACAGCCACCAUCCCAAAAGAACAAUAUAGUUCAACUUCAAGAUA